AUGGACCCUGGCAGCUAUUUCACCGAGGAAAUAUGGGAAGCUGAGGAUAAGCGUGAAUUCUUUCAUGCCACCGUGAGAAAUGAUAUGCGAAAUCGCGUGGACCAAUGGAUGGAAGUGGAUCGAGGGGAUGGCUGGAUUAUCAGAAGUGACAGGGAGGAAAGAGAAGCCGCAGCCGAUUGGCGAAGAAAGCGAGAUGAAGAGCGAAGAGAGUUCCUGCGAAAUGCGGACGAUGCCUGGGUUCAUAUUGUGGAUAACAAGUUUGCGGAGAAGUUCUUCGCAAAGGCGCAGAAAAAGGAUAUUCCUAAGCUCAGGUCACCAUCUGUACCGCUAUGCAAAUACUGCGACACUGUCCGCUUCGACAAAUCCAUAACGGUUACUGAACUUCGAGCGAAACUGAAACCUUGUCUGGUCUGUCGAAUGAAUCGCGCUCGGGCUGACGCAGUCAGAACCAAGAUCGAAGUGCUUAAAGCUCCUACACUAAGAGUUUGCCGUGCACCGAAACCCAAAGGCAAAUCGCGUUCGGAGUCGCACUCGGACAUCCAAAUGGGAUUUCCUGUGCUUCCAGCCUCGGAGAGUGAUAUUCGAUUCAAGCUGUUUCGGGAAUGGCUUCGAUGCUGUGACGAAACUCACGAGCAACGAGUUUGCAGUCCAAGAUCGGAAUCUUCAUCGGUUGCCCUUUCUACGCCUACCCUUCCUUCGCGAUUGGUCGAUGUAGGCGAGGAGGCCUCUGAUACUCUCUUUCUUCGUGAUUUCCAGCCCAAAAGCCCCGAGAGAGACGACACAGAACCCGAGUCCAGGGAGAAUAUUCAAUAUAUUGCUCUAUCUCAUUGUUGGGGGAAAUUACCGGAACACAGAAGAGCAGAAUACUGUCUCUCAGCCGAGAAUCUCAACGAAAGACAAACAACUGGAUUCCAACUCUCUACGCUCCCCCUGACAUUCCGCGACGCCAUCACUGUAACCCGUCGCCUAGGCAGGAAAUACCUGUGGAUCGAUUCUUUAUGCAUAAUCCAAUCCGGUGACAGCCAAGCCGACUGGCAAAAAGAAGCGACUCGAAUGGAAUCAAUAUUCAGCAACGCAUAUUGCACUCUAGCCGCGACAUCCGCUACCAACUCCGACGCGGGAUUCCUGGCCCGGUCAAAUACACGAAACUCCCGACCCUAUAUCAAAAUCCGUUCCCAAACCCACGGCUCUUUAUAUGUCUGUACAACAGGUGACAACUUCGACCACGACGUCUCAGGUGGAGCACUAAACCAUCGCGCGUGGGUAUUACAAGAGCGUGCACUAUCACGCCGAACAAUUCAUUUUACUAGUACGCAGGCCUAUUUCGAGUGUGGAGAUGGCAUACGCUGUGAGACGAUGACAUAUAUGCGAAACUCACAGUCCCUAUUUCUCGGGGAUCCUGCAUUCCCACUCGGAAUGGGAAUGCGCACCACUCGUGAUCGAAUCAAGCUUGUCCAUUGGCUAUUCACGGUCUACAUGCAAUUGAGUAUCACGCAUGCGACUGAUCGGGUACUAGCUAUAUCCGGUCUUGAGAAGCGGCUAGCUGAGACCUUUCAAACUGAGUGCUGCUUUGGUGUUUUUGAGAAAUACCUCGGUCGGUGUCUUUUAUGGAAGAGAGGUGAACGGUCAAAGGCUUUGGAACGAAUUGAGUAUCCUGAAUCGCGAGCGCCAGCGUCUUGGUCAUGGAUGGCGUUCAAGGGAGAAAUUGAAUAUGUGGAUGUUGAUGCACAGGUUCAAUGGUGUAAGGAUAUUAAGCUGGAGGAUGCAGUUUUACGAGCUCCCAUGAGGAGUUUGAUAUCUGAGAAAUGUCAGGUUGGGCGGAAUGGAGGAACUUAUUCUAUUGCGGAUAAGCGGCAAGGUACUAGUUUUGAGCCUGGAUGGUUGAAGUAUGAUCGACCGCGUCGUAUUCAGUUGGAGAAGCAUAAGCUGGUUAUAGUUGGUAGAGAGGCAUACGAAGCUCGGGAUUGGUUGCGUCGAUCAUCUACCAGCUUUGAUUAUCAUGUUUUGGUUGUUACUCCUGUGGGAAAGGAGUUUAAGAGAGUUGGAGUUGGGUUGAUUCCUGCUGGGUGUAUUUCUUUUAGUGAUAAAUUGACUCAGAAUGGUGUAGUGUUGUAA